AUGACACCUGAUAUCACGCUAAAAAUAGCUGCGGGGGACUAUGAUGUAUUGGUCAGGUUUCUGGAGUACAACAGAGAUAAAGACACCGACUGUGAUGGGCUCUUUGUUAGCGGUGAGGAAUGUGAUGUUUACUUCAAAGUAUGCCUACAACCUCUUUCGCCGAAACAAAGGCUGACAUGCUCGAGAAGUUAUUCAGAGUUAGAAAAUACCUACCACCUCGUUUUUUCACGUACUCAAUGGAGAUACUUUACUUAUAGUUGGAAAGGGAUUAGGGGUCAGCCCAUAUUCAAUAUAUUGGUCCACGUAUAUGACCUUGACCCCGUUGGUGAUGACGACUAUUUGGGGAUGACCAUCUACACUCACCUAGGUAGCGGGUCCACGGUACGGACCGUUACUACCACGCCUUCCCACAAGAACUUGAGAAUAAAAUUUUUGGUGGAAGUAACAUGCUUAUCUCCUCCAAGUAAAAGCCUAUCCACUACACGUGCAUCCACUCCAGGUAAAAGCCUCUCCACUAUACGUGCAUCAACUCCAGGUAAAAGCCGCUCCACUAUACGUGCAUCCACUCCAGGUAAACGCCACUCCACUACACGUGCAUCAACUCCAGGUAAACGCCACUCCACUACACGUGCAUCCACUCCAGGUAAAAGCCUCUCAACUACACGUGCAUCCACUCCAGGUAAAAGCCUCUCCACUACAUGUGCAUCCACUCCAGGUAAAAGCAUGAAAAACAAUGUCUAAAGGGUUUUUUUUUAAAUCAAAAGAAAUUAAAUGCUUCGAUUUCUCCAUCCUUGAUGUUUUAAUGGUUUAAUCUACUUUUUUGUUUAAAAAAACUGCAAACGCUAACGUCCGUUUCCCGCCUACAUUUGACAUCCAAAUAUUUCGGAAUUUCUCUCAGAUAUUCAAAACAAAGUUAUCUAGUAAAAAGUAUAAUCAAUUUCUAAUUGAUUUAUAUCAAAACAAAAUUUGUAGUCAAAUAAUAAUUUUUUUAAAUGAAAGUUUUGCUUACGGGAGGUCUAAAAAAUUCUUUAUUGGAAAUCAGUCUCUAUGAGUAAGGAAAAUAUAAUUUAGCGCCCGAUAUUUGCAUAAAAACUUAAAAAUCACAUGUUUACAUUAAAUAAGAAAGUAAAUAUCCAUUUUAAUCCAUAUUUGUAUAUUAUUUUUGAAACGUUACAAAGCAAAAUGCCUUUCAUUUGGAAUGUAUUUUAGUCUGUAGACAUAUCCACCCCCCCCCUUCCCGUGAAACCACAAACCCUUUGGUAUAAAUAUGCUGUAUAACCCUUUAUACCUUUAUAUAACCCCUUAAAAGAAAUUUUUGUUUCUCCGGGGGGGGGGGGGGAUUUUUUAAAAUCCUUUUCCCGUUAGUUUCUAUUAUAAAAUGAGCUAUUUUAACCCAAAAUACAAAGCUAUUUAUCUUUGUUUGACCAAAUAAUUCAUAUUUAAUGAAAAUAAGCAGAAAUGUUUACAUUAUCUUAGAAAUAUAAAUUUAAUUAUACAAUUAUCAAAAAAUGACUUUUAGUUAGGCGGCUAGACAAUGUUAUCGUUCGCAGUUCAUUUAGGAUCAAUAUGUAAACAAUUAAAUUGAAUUAAGAUAUUGAUAGGUUGCAAAUAUUUUUUUUCAUGGUGUAAAAGCUAAAACAUGUGCAUUAUCAGGGCAAUUAUAGCGAUUACUGCUCCAAAAUAAAACAUUACAAUGACAUAUAAACUCUUAUCUGAUUACGAAAGCUAAAAACAAUCUCAACAGGAAUAAAUCACAACCCUUUUUAUAUGACCGCCUAUGUAUGUUUUCACUAGUUUUUUUUAUUGAUUUCGUGAUUCAAGCCAUAACAACUCUCUUCAUUGUUAAAAAUUACUGUCACUUUACUUAAUUGUGUUAAAUCACAACUUAUUUUUCAAGAAAUAUUGCCAAACCUAUGAAUCACGAUACACAUAUCAAAGCUAAUAACGGUAAAAUAUUCCCGAAUGGUCCUGACAAUAUCAUGCCACAAUCGAAAGACUUUAUAUUGCACAUCUGCAAUAUAAAAUCACUAGCGUUCAAUUAGCAGAUAUCAUAAACCGUUCAAUCUAAUCCAAACAAACUAAAUGGCGGUGAAACACUUUAUUUUUAUCACAAUAAUAUUCGACGAUGAAAGAGUAAGAAUUGUUUUCAAUUUAAUUGAAACUUUCACAAAAUGACGCUUAUUAAUUCUUGUAAUGUCAUGUGAAAUAUUGUGCAUAUUUAUGCGCCUAAACGGUACAAUUACUUAAUAGGUAAAAUGUUUACAAAAUAUAAAAUAAUUAAAAAAAAAACUGACAUGCUCCGUGAAGCAAUUAUCUUAUCGUAAUAAUUAAGCUGUAUAUUUAUGGUACGUAAAAAAAAACAAAUCGUGGUGUAUUUAUUAAAAAUUACGUCAAGUUUAAAUCCGAGAAGUUAAUCCGCUCACGAUCGAACUUGUCCACGAACUUUCUUAACAACCUUCGUAUAUAUCUAUGAAUUUAAACCGUGCAAGCACUGAACAACAAAACAGAAACCUUUCUUGAACGAUUUUAAGAUUAAUCAAGCGCGGGCUUUAGAAAGAUGCAUCCAAUGUUUUUUUUUU